AACCCUCCUUAAAGAGACGAGGCCACGCCCCCGACUCCUCCCCCCAGGCUGCCCAUUGGCCACGGGCCUCUGUGAGGCCGCGGUCAGCUUUCUCCGGAUCCCUAUUGGCCCAACGUGCCGUCGGUCGGCAGCCGGCCCGCCCCCCCAGAACCUUACAUUUACAGUGUAGCAAAAGAGAAAGUAACUAUGUUGCUGCUGGAGAUCAAUGAAGCCAAGUGAAUGGGGGCUGAAUGGGCGAAUCCAUAGCUGAAGCGGAGCGCCAGAUGGUGGAGGGCUACGCUUAUUUAUGAAACUGUCUUGAGUUCUUCUUGAAUUGCCAGUUUUCAGCCUCCUCAUGCCUCCGUCUCCUUUAGACGACAGGUUAGUGGUGGCAUUGUCUAGGCCCGUCCGACCUCAGGACCUCAACCUUUGUUUAGACUCAGGCUACCUUGGCCCUGCCGCCCCCGGCAGUAGCAGCCGCCCUCCGGUCAUUGCCACCACCGUCGUGUCCCUCAAGGCUGCGAAUCUGACGUAUAUGCCCUCAUCCAGCGGCUCUGCCCGCUCCCUGAAUUGUGGAUGCAGCAGUGCCAGCUGCUGCACUGUGGCAACCUACGACAAGGACAGUCAGGCCCCGACCCAGGCCGUCGCCGCUGCCAUCGGAACCUCUACCGCCUGCCCUGCCAGCCAGAUGGUCAACAGCAAUGAGAACGCAGGCCCUUUAAGUUCAUCAGGUGGGGUGGGAAGCCCUGUGUCAGGGACCCCCAAGCAGCUAGCCAGCAUCAAAAUAAUCUACCCCAAUGACCUGGCGAAGAAGAUGGCCAAAGGCAGCAAGAGCCACCUGCCGAGCCAGGGCCCCGUCAUCAUUGACUGCAGGCCCUUCAUGGAGUACAACAAGAGUCACAUCCAAGGAGCUGUCCACAUUAACUGUGCCGACAAGAUCAGCCGGCGGCGACUGCAACAGGGCAAGAUCACUGUCUUAGACUUGAUUUCCUGUAGGGAAGGCAAGGACUCUUUCAAGAGGAUCUUUUCCAAAGAAAUUAUAGUUUAUGAUGAGAAUACCAAUGAGCCGAGCCGAGUGAUGCCCUCCCAGCCUCUUCACAUAGUCCUCGAGUCCCUGAAGAGAGAAGGCAAAGAGCCUCUGGUGUUGAAAGGUGGACUUAGCAGUUUUAAGCAGAACCAUGAAAACCUCUGUGACAACUCCCUCCAGCUCCAGGAGUGCCGGGAGGUGGGGGGCGGCGCGUCUGCAGCGUCCAGCGUGCUACCUCAGUCUCUCCCCACCACCCCUGACAUCGAGAACUCGGAGCUGACGCCCAUCCUGCCUUUCCUGUUCCUCGGCAACGAGCAGGACGCUCAGGACCUGGACACGAUGCAGCGGCUGAACAUAGGCUACGUCAUCAACGUCACCACUCACCUGCCCCUCUACCACUACGAGAAAGGCCUGUUCAACUACAAGCGGCUGCCGGCCACCGACAGCAAUAAGCAGAACCUGCGGCAGUACUUCGAAGAGGCCUUCGAGUUCAUUGAGGAAGCUCACCAGUGUGGGAAGGGGCUUCUCAUCCAUUGCCAGGCGGGGGUGUCCCGGUCUGCCACCAUCGUCAUCGCGUACUUGAUGAAGCACACUCGGAUGACCAUGACUGACGCUUAUAAGUUUGUCAAAGGCAAACGGCCAAUUAUUUCCCCAAACCUUAACUUCAUGGGGCAGUUACUGGAGUUUGAGGAAGACCUGAACAAUGGUGUAACACCACGGAUCCUUACGCCAAAGCUGAUGGGUGUGGAAACGGUGGUGUGACAGAGGCCUGGAUGGAAAAGAUUACUGUUCUCCACUAGGAGACGAAGAGAAAGGAGGUUGGAUUCUGUCUUUUUCUCUUUUUCUUUCUUUCUUUCUCAUUUUUUUUUUUUUAGAUGGGGGUAACGUUUGUGAAUGGAAACAAAACUUGUUUAAAAACUCUUUAUUUUUAACAAGUGUGAGAAGAAUUUAACUUUUGAUGCCCAUUGAGAUUUACUUCCCGUGAACUGACGAAGCAGGGAGGCUAAAGGAGUAAUUUUUUUAAGCCAACAAUAAAAAUAUAAUAAAAGCUGUUUCUUCCCCCUUUUCCUUUUAA